CGACCAUUGACGGCACUGCAUCCAGUUGUUAUAUUAUGCUACAGCAAGGAUAAGCGACACCGGGAGUUGGAACCGGAAAAUAGUCAAAGGCAAGUUCGCGCUGAACAGAGCAUUUGCUCGUUUUCGUAUCAUAGACAUUACAACCAGGGUCGGAUUUAGCUGUAGCCUAUGCUGAGGUGAAGUUGAAGUGAACAGCCAAAGUCAGGAGCCGACCUUUUCGCCUGGAGAUGGAAAAAGUGUUGUCGUGAGCGGGAGAGAAGAAGAGAAGAGAAUUGAAGAGAGAGAGAAAGGGAGAAAAAAAAGAAACUAACCUACCUAUAGCCUUUACUUAGUGACGUAUCACAGCAGGACAUUUGACAGAAUCUAAAAUCAUUCAACCCAAGACGGACACGGACGAGGCAGUGUGGAGCAGGCAAUGUUGUGGAGUGUGGGUUUCGGUGGCAGGAUGACGGUGGCCAAGCUUCUCCUAUCCUUCUUCAUCCUAAACUCCUUUUGCGAAGCCUCCAACCAGCCUCCACGCUUCCAGAACUACUUUUUCCACUCCUAUCUUCUCAUCUACGAGAACACACCAGUCGGCACAUCAGUAACCCAGCUGCAGGCGGAAGACCCAGACCAGGAGCCCCUCAUUUUCGGGGUAGUGGGAGAGGAGGCCAUGAGGUACUUUGCAGUGGAGAGAGACACUGGAGUAGUGUGGCUACGACAGCCCCUGGACCGCGAGACCAAGUCGGAGAUGCAGGUGGAGUUCUUUGUGAGUGACAGCCAAGGGGUGGUCAAAGACACAGUGAAUAUUCAGAUAGGAGAUGUGAAUGACAACUCCCCUACUUUCCAUGGCCAGCCAUACACAGUACACAUUGCAGAGAACAUUCCAGUGGGCACCUCAGUGUACCAGGUGAAUGCCACAGACCCAGACCAAGGCACGGGGGGCAGUGUGCUCUUCUCUUUCCAGCCCUCCUCUUCCUUUUUCUCCAUCGAUGGAGCCCGUGGUACAGUCACUGUCACCAGGGCUCUGGAUUAUGAGACCACAUCGGCCUACCAGCUCACUGUCAAUGCCACGGACCAGGAUAAGAAGCGCCCUCUGUCCAGUCUAUCUAAUUUAGCCAUCACCAUCACUGAUGUUCAGGACAUGGACCCCAUCUUUACCAACCUACCCUACAGCACCAACAUAGGGGAGGACGUCCCACCGGGCUAUGAGGUGCGCAAGAUAAGAGCCAUUGACCAGGAUCUGGGGAGACCGAGAGGCAUCGGCUACACCAUCAUCUCAGGCAACACCAACAGCAUAUUUGCUCUGGCCUACAUCAGUGGCUCUUUGACUGUGAAUGGACAGCUGGACAGAGAGAACCCUCUCUACUCAUCCGGAUUCACUCUAACCGUCAAGGGCACAGAGUUGAAUGAUGACCGUACCCCGACGGAUGCCUCAGUGAUGACCACCUUCACCAUACUGCUGAUUGACAAGAACGACAACGCGCCCAAGUUCAACAGCUCCGAGUACCGAGUGCGUAUCACUGAGCUGGCCCAGGUGGGUUUCGCCCUACCCCUCUUCAUCCAGGCUGAGGACAAGGAUGAGGUGGGUCACCAUCACCAAUCAUACAUUCCUUAA